UGUCCCGGAGCCUCUAGACUGGAUUUAUCCGAGUGAGAAGAUGCGGGCAGCGAGGCUCCAGCUGGCCGCGGUGCUGGCUCUGUUUGCCGCAGUGUCCGGGUCACGGGCGGAGGUGAUCGAUGACGUCCUGAGCAGCCUCUCCAGGGGAGCAUCCUUCCUGGAGCGGCAACAUGAGCACAUCAACCUGGACGGGGUGGUCGGGUUCCUCAUGCUGCAGGCUGAACUGAAGGAAGCGGUUCGGACGUGGCCUCACACCGACCCGGUCAGCUGGGCUCAGAGAACCUCCGCCGUCGCUCUUGUCAGGCGUCUCGACCAGAGCUUCGACAAGGCCGUCGCCGCCCUGCAGCAGAACGACCCCAAAUACUACAGAGAGUUUGAGCCGCUGCUGUCCUGGAGCUUCUGGUUGAUUCCUCAGGAGUGGAGCUCCACAGACCCCAGCUUGGUCUAUCCCUCCACCAUGGCCACCGAGUGUUAUGACGAGCAGCUCAGUGACAAGUGUCUGACCCUGCUGCUGGGAACCUGGAAGAUGAACGGGACGCCCUGCAUCGUCACCAAGCCGUGUCGGGACACCAUGACUCAGUUUGGUUGUCCACACUACUCUCUGUCCCACCAGCUGCUCUACUUCAUGAUCGGAAAAAUGAGAGGCUGCACCAACCUGCUGAAAGGCGACACACGGGCGUCCAGAGCCAACAUGACUGAACAAAACUACGAGAGGAUCUUCUGUUCCAACAUGAUGAAGACCAACCAGGACAUCGUCAAAGACGGUCUGACCGAGCAGACGGUCGACAUCUUCAUCGAAAACAUUCUGAUUUGUGGACUGGCCGGUUUCUCUGACUUCUACAAAGCUGACUGGCUGCAGCACAUCCUCAGGCUGCAGGAUGAGGAGGUCGGCUGCUUCGGGAGAGACAAGAGCAUCAUCUCUCAGAUCAUUGGAGACGAGCUGCUGGAGCAGCUGCAGCCUCACAGGAGAGUGAAGAGGAGGGAGAAGAUACUUCCAGAUGGCUGCUCCAGUCACAUGACCGCAGUGGCUGUCGGUGCUCUGGGAGGAUACCUGAACUAUUACCUGACAGAACAGGACAUAACGAAGAGGCCGCUCUCCUGAACGCGCCCUUCCUCACCCUGCUUCCACGCAGCCGGGGCUGCGUGCGUUCAGGCGAGCAAAUCAUUGUAGAUCAUCAGGUAGAGACUGAGCUCCGACACAAUAUGUUGCUUUAUGAACACAGUGGUAAGAUGAUGAAAUACUUGAUGAAAUUUUUUUUUCACAUUGUAUUCUAUGAUUAUAAUGAGGAAGAUGUUCCCAUGUCCUGACUCCUUCCCGAGGACGUAAUUAAUCUCAAACAAGACGCCUUUAGAAAGUGCUGAUGAUUUGGAUGAUACUCAUUAUAAACAACCUGAUUGAUUGAAAAGUGCUGAUCACGGAUGUCUGAUCUUUAUCAAACAGAUGUCUGAGGCAGUUCAUGUUUCUGUCCAGCUCCACAUGGACUCCACAUACAGUCAGACAGGUAGUGUCUUAAGGCUGCUGUUUAGUGAUUGGUGUUUGCUAUGACUCAACGCAUACAGUUCAGAAUCAGUUUUUUUCGGGUCUGGGAGAAUUUUUUCUUGCAUUUAUCACAGUUUUAUAUUUUAAGAGCGAGUCAGAUUUUGCUUCUUGCCACACAAGUACUUAAUCAUUUUCGUGAUGCACCAGGUGCAGCUGAGUCGGAGGGAUAGAUAGUAGCUGUGUCCCAAUUCAGAGGCGGUAUCCUUCAGAGGCUGCAUUUGAAGAGUGAUUGCGUCACAGCGGUGUGACUAGGACAUCCCAUUUUGAAGGCUCCUUCUAAUGUGGCCUUCUUUUCCUGGGCCACCUAUCCCAAGACUCAUUGCGCGGCGGUAAUGAAAGCAAACAACACGGACAGAGAGCCUGAGGAUUACACAAAAUGUAAGUUUUGGGUUUCAGCUCAGUUCAACUGUUAAAACCAAGGGCCUUAAAACCUCAAGGUCAGGGUUGCUAGGCUACAGGAGCUGAGCGGGCACAGCUGGUGACGCAAAGCGAAAAUCCUCCAUAGGCCAGACCGUCUCAUUUCGGUUCAGCCUCCGUGGUCUACGACGGCUACGAAGGGCCGCACCUUCAUAGACUGCAUCCUCUGAGGCAUGUGGCCCCUGAAUUGGCACACAGCUCGUGACAACAGUAACAGUGAUGUCAUUUCCAAGUUGAUAGUUUCUGUCUGAAUGAGAUUUUCAGGUGUCUGUAAUAUAGUUUGAUGUUUCAGGCUGCUCUGUGAUCAUCCAGAGUGAAAAAGUUUGCAUAGGAGGGAGAGAGGUGAGACAGCUGUCUCGUCAAAGUCAUUCAAGCCACAAAAGUCACUGCUCACGUGAAAAGUGAUGGCAGUGGUGUGAAGAAUGGGGGGGGGGGACUCCACAUAGUCGACCAGUCACUGUAGAAAGUGGGCGUGAGUCAAACUGUUUUUGGAAAGUUACAAGGAUGAAGUGGAAAGGUGUGGGGUCCUGGAGUCCGGGGGUCUCAGGUGCUGUUUGACCAUGAGACAAGUAAUUCUGCUGGAGCAUACUGAUGCCCUUCAGACAAACUGGUGGUUCUUACAGGGUCUUUCUGCAAAAAUGCUUAAGAACAGGAAACACUCAGUUAACAGCCAUUCAAAGCCUGAUUGGAGCAUCCCAGUUUCAUAGGCCAAGAAAUAUUUACUGUAGCUUUAAAUAAAAACAUCUAAAAUGUGCUGUUAUCUACAGGCAAAGACUUCGCAGGACACUAACCUUUUUCCAAAAAUAAUAAUCUUUAUUGUCUUUAAAUGAUUUUACUUUUCACAAACAUUUUAUCUGCUGAAUAUAAAACCACAGAACAGGGCUGGAAUAUGAACACGGCUGUACAACCAGCACUCACCAAAGAGAAUAUGAGCAUGAAUGUAUGUAGAUGAACUUACAUACAAGCUGUUAUCAUGUAUUCCAUGUUAGUAGAAUAAACACAGCCAAUAAAACAAAGCCUGAAAAUCUG